AUGAUGGUCAUACCAGUAAGCCAACACAAGCUGAUCAAAAUACGAAAAGUUAAUCGUCGGUACCUUACGGUUCUCGCAUUGUAUUGCUCUAUAAUGGCCUGCACAUUCAAUUUAAUUGGAACAUCAACGAACAAAUGGUUAUACACAUCAGAGGUUCUCAAGUAUUACGUAAUGCCGAACAUCUCACAAACUUACGACGAUUCAGCCAAUCAGCCGACAUAUUUCAAAAACGCUUCAAUAGGCCCAUGGAGAUAUUGCUGGCUUGAUCCCGUCCAUGAUUUCCAUUGCCAUUCGGUUGAGUAUUUGGCUGAUGACGAUCCCAGUGAUGUGACAACAUCUGUUCAGCAAUCCACACGACGCUCAUUUCCGUUCAUGAUGACUGGAAUGCUUCUGGAUGUUUUAGGAUUAGGUAUGUCUUUCAUAUGCUACAGACUACCAACACCGUAUGCUUCUCUUCUCACAUCAACCUUGAUACACAUAAACGCAGGUAUUGCCAACUUCCUCUGUAUCAUUGUCUAUAUGUCUGCGGUCUCGAAGGAAGUAGGAAAUCGUAUACAUCCUGCGUCAGAAAUGGAUGAUCCUCUGUUUCAUUUUCAAUACGGAUAUUCUUUCAUAUUUCUAAAGGCAUCUUUCCUCUUAACUGAAAUGGCAGCUCUCUUCUCCAUAAUGGUAUAUAUGGCGAAGAGAGAUGAAAGAACGUUUAAUCGGUAUAAGCUACGAUCUUUAUUAAAUACUCAUACUAAUGCAGUGGCAGCUGCUCAAGAAUCUGAUGAAAUAGUUAUUUCUCGAGAAAAUGCCUAUCAUCACGCAAGAUUCGAUAAUGUUCGAACUAGAGGAAGUUCUGUUUCUAAUGCUCCAUCCUUCGAAUUGAUAAUGAGACGUUCACCUCCCCCGCCGUCAGCACUACGAACAAUCACACAGGAUGCUUUCUUCCCAGCUAUUCUAAUGGGAAGAGAAUCUGCUAAUGGAGUUAUGGCUAUUAAAAGAACUUCCCUAGCACCAUCACAAACAUCAAAUUAUAUGCCUCAGAAGCCACCUUUCAUAGGGAGUGAGCUACAUAUCUAA